GAUCCAUAUUACUAUAUUACUUUUGUAAACAGUACUUUUGCUAUGGUACUUCUCCAUAUAGUAAAUGACACGUCUCUCACAAAUUACUUCCGUAAAAUAAGAGAUUUAGAUCCAUUCGCCUUCUUCCUCCAACGAGACGAGCCUCCAGUCUGUACGCGCCGGGAAAAAAAGGGGCAAGAUUUAUCACGUCUGCAAACGAAACACGGCGUAGCGCAGAGAGAGAAAGAGAGAGGUCGUUGUUGCAGCGGCGCCUCCCAUGGUCGACCCCAAGACGAAGGCGAAUCGAAUGUGCAAGUCCAGGAGCGCCAUCGCCACCACUACCGCCUCCGCCUCCUCCUCCUCCAUGGCCGCCGCUGCCUCCACCCCAAGAAACCACCGCUCUCCGCGCACCACCACCGCGCUCCCAUCCUCCUACUCCUACUCCACCUCCUCCUCCACCGCCACGUCCUCCGCUAACUCCCUCGCCGCGCUCCGCGACUCCCUCCCCGACCUCCCCCUCCUCUUCACCUUCCAGGACCUCGCCGCCGCCACCGCCAACUUCUCCUCCUCCCACCGCCUCGUCCCCGCCGCCGCCUCCUCAUCCAACUCCUUCCGCUGCUCCCUCCGCGGCCACCCCGCUGCCGUCUUCCGCCGCCCGCUCCGCCGUGACGCCCGCGAGGUCUCCGCCCGCUCCGCCGUCCUCGGCCACUGCCACCACGCCGCCAUCGCCCGCCUCCUCGGGGCCGCCGCAUCCCUCGACCGCACAACGCUCUUCCUCGCCUACGAGCUCGUCCCCGACGCGGCCCCGCUCUCCGCGCUCCUCCGGAACCCCAAGAACCCGUCUUUCACGCCGCUCGUCUCCUGGCACUCGAGGCUCCAGCUCGCCGCUGACGUCUGCGACGCCCUCUACUACGUCCACCUCCAGGCCGACACGAUCCACAACCGCCUCUCCGCCUCCUCCGUCCUCGUCUGCGGCGACGGGCCGCUCUUCCGCGCCAAGAUCACCCAUUUCGGCUCCGCGGACCUCGCGGGCGAGCUUCCAGCCGACCAAAAAGAUGAAGAAGCAAAAGGCCCAGAGCACCGCCACACUAGCAGUAGGGGGAGGCGGAUCGAGGGCAAGCGCGGGUACAUGGCGCCGGAGCUCACCGCGGGCGGCGCGCCCUCGCGGCGCUCCGACGUGUUCGCGCUUGGCGUGGUGCUGCUGGAGCUGGUGUCCGGGCGGGAGCCAUUGCGGUACGAGCUGGUGAACCGGGCGACGGGGGAGUACGAGAGGACGUCGCUGAUCGAGGCCGCGGGUGCCGCCGCAGCGGAGGGCGGCGGGGAGGCGAUGCGGUGGUGGGUGGACCGGAGGCUGAGGGACUCGUUCCCCGUCGAGGCAGCUGAGUCGCUGACGGCGCUGGCGCUGCGGUGCGUGGCAAAGGAUCCCUUGGCGCGGCCGGACAUGUCGUGGUUGGCCGCCAAGGUGUCGAAGCUGUUCCUGGAGGCGCAGGAGUGGGCCGGCAUGUUCCGCGUCCCCACCGACAUCUCCAUCUCCAACGCUCCCAGGUGAGGUGAUGCUUCAUCAUGCCGGAGCCAGGCGCCAUUCUUGCCCUCUCAUGCUGAGCUUAACGAGUGCUAGGGUUGAGAUGCUUGUGGUAGCAUAAUGGAGCUGUUACUACUAGUAAGGACAUAGCGUGCCUUGCAAAUAAAUUGAUUGAUUGUUAUAAUUUGGGAGUUUAGGCUUUAGAUAGAUUUCGCUUUGUUUUUUUCCUCUUGUUCUUAUUGUUGAUGUAAACAGGAGUGACAUAUUUGCAUAUACUAGUAUGCAGGUAUUCAGGUUUGGCUGAUAAAAUAUCUGAGUCGCUGUUAGGCUGUGGUUAGGCAGAUGUACACUUGAAAACAGUUGUAGAAAGAAAG